AUGGGGGUUGUGGGCACGCCAACAUUCGCCGCUUCUUCUGCAGGUGCCGUAUAUAAUACUGUUGAUGUUGAUUUCAAAAAGAUAUCCGAAGCUGAAAGAGCUGCUUUUGAAUUCCGUACAAAGAAAAUAUCUGCCUAUGGUGUGGAUAAUGAUAUUAUAGAGGAAAUUCACAAGUUUCCCUUUCCACUUCAACGUCUACUUGUUAAGGAGGCUUGUUCUGUGAUGAAUAGAAUUGAAAAAGCAUUUCAGGGAAUGUUUGAAGAAUGUGGCUAUGAAAUAUAUGAAAAUCGCGAAUCAGUGAUAGAAUUUGUGCAGACGAAACAACUAAAAGAAGCUGAAGAUAGGAGACUUACUGUGGUGGAACUAACCGAAAGAAUUCGUGAUAAAUACUGGAGUGUUGAAGAGAGGGGUGAUACUGAGAAAACAGAAACUUUUAUUUCUAUGCUAGAAGCUUCUCUAAAUCUGAUUAUUUCGAAUUUUGAUAAAUCAAAUUAA